GUGAUGGUUUGCUGUGGAAGUAGGUAAAUGUGUUAUGAUUCUCUUCUUAUCCCUGCCUUGAAUCGUUUGUAGUGCUUCCCUUUAAGAUGAACGGCUGCUUUUCUGCAAGACUGGAAGCCAGAGUUCAAGAAACUCUGAAAAAAGUGUUUGGAUUUGAUUCUUUCAAGACAUCAUUGCAGGAAAGGGCAGUGAUGACAGUGGCAAAAGGUGAAAAGGAUGUUUUUAUAUGUAUGCCCACUGGGGCAGGGAAAUCUCUAUGCUACCAGCUUCCUGCAGUCCUGGCAUCAGGCAUCACCAUUGUUAUUUCACCUUUAAUUGCACUGAUUCAGGACCAAGUGGAUCAUUUGCUGUCCCUGAAUGUGAAAGUAAGCUCUCUGAACUCCAAAAUUUCUGCUCAGGAGAAAAAAGCCAUCGUUGCUGACUUGAUGAGUGAGGAACCCCAGAUAAAGCUCCUGUACAUCACACCCGAGAUGGCAGCUUCCUCUUCCUUUCAACCCACUUUGGAGGUUCUGGUGUCCCGAAAUCUUCUCACGUAUCUGAUAGUUGAUGAGGCUCACUGUGUCUCCCAAUGGGGACAUGACUUCCGACCAGACUAUCUGCGGCUCGGUUCCCUGCGUCAUCGUAUACCCAAUGUGCCAUGCGUAGCCCUAACUGCCACAGCUACGAAGCAGGUUCAGGAUGACAUUGUAACAUCGCUUAAACUAAGGCAGCCUGUUACUGUCUUUAAGACAUCUUGUUUCAGAUCUAACCUAUUUUAUGAUGUGCAAUAUAAAGAGCUCUUAACUGAUCCUUAUGAAAACCUGAAAGAUUUUUGUCUGAAGGCUCUUGGGCAGAAGAGCGCUUCUGGGGGCUAUUUGGGUUGUGGAAUUGUCUACUGCAGGAUGAGAGAAGUAUGUGAUCGAUUAGCUAUUGAACUAAGUCAUAGGGGAGUGAAAGCCAAGGCCUAUCAUGCAGGAUUGAAGGCUGCAGAGAGAACAUCAGUUCAAAAUGAAUGGAUGGAGGAGAAAAUCCCUGUAAUUGUUGCUACCAUCAGUUUUGGAAUGGGAGUUGACAAAGCUAAUGUCAGAUUUGUUGCACACUGGAAUUUGGCAAAGUCUAUGGCUGGGUAUUAUCAGGAAUCAGGAAGGGCGGGAAGAGAUGGGAAGAUAUCCUGUUGUCGCCUCUAUUACUCUCGGACUGACAGGGAUCAAGUCAGCUUCUUAAUCAAGAAAGAAAUAUCUAAACUCCAGGAGAAGCGAGGUACCUUGAAAGAAUCAGAUAAAGCUAUGAUGACAGACUUUGAUGCUAUGGUGGCCUUCUGUGGAGAGCUCGGCUGUCGACACGCUGCCAUAGCCAAAUACUUUGGAGAUGCCAUCCCGCCAUGCAACAAAUGCUGUGAUUAUUGUAAGAACCCGGCAGCUGUGAAAAAGCAUCUUGAAGCACUGGAGCAAUGUACCAGUAGCUGGAACAGGACCCACAUUGGAUCCUCUACUUACUCAACCGACCAAGACUUAUAUGAAGGAGGAAGAAGAGGCUGCGGUGGCUUCAGCAAGUAUGAUGAAGACAGUAGGAGUGUGGAUGAAGCCAAUGAAGAGAAUCGGAAAAAGGAAUGGAAUAACUUUUAUAAGCAACAGAUGAAGCUGCGCAAGGGUAAAGAAGCUGAAAAAGACAAUUUUGUUCCCCCAGAUGCUGAUUGUCCCUUGAAGGAUGCAGCCAGCAGGAAAAUAGCCAAAAUCACAGUGAAGGCUAGAGAGCACUGCCUUAAGAUGCUAGAAGAAGCGCUGAACAACAAUCUGCAAGCCCCACUAACAAAAAACAGGUCAGAUCUUCUAACAUGUGUUGUGGAAAUGGAGUAUGAGGCUUUCCAGAUCAGUAAGACAGCAAAUUUAUACAAGGCAGCUGUUCUCAAGAAGGUGGCAGAAAUUAACAAAGCUUCCAAAGAUGGAGAGUUAUAUUCUGCACUUUCCUCGGGCAUCAAUGGCUGUCCCAGGAUAAAAGCUGAACCAACUGCAACCGCUGAUGAUGGUUUCCAUAUACCAUCCAAGAUGAACACGUUCAAACCCAAGAGGGUGGGAAUUGGAUUUCGGAAGACAUCAGAUGUGUUCCAGUCAGCUUCAGAAGCGUUGGUGGCCAAGGUGGAGGAGGAUGAAGUUAAUCCUGAUAAAGAGGAAAUGAGCCUAAUCUGGAAAGGUGAUUGCAGUCAUAACCCUGAGCCUCAGGACAUGGUUAGAACUCCUGAGAAUGAAGUGAAACUAUCCAAAGAAAUCAACAAUGCUGGUGAAGUUCUUGAGGAGGGGCGACAAGGCACUUCCAAUCGUAAAGCCUCCUUGGGCGUUAGUCCUGCCAAGAAGAGCAAGCUUACCAAGAAGCAGCUGCUGCUGGCAGAAGCAGCUCGGAAAGAAUCUCAGAACAUUUCCAGAUUCUUAUCUGGCCAGAAAACAGGCUCUAAGGCCUUGGACUCAGUACUUGAUUUAGGAAAGGAGGAGGAAAACUAUUAUCUCAGUGAACAGCUGCCAUUUCCUUCUAAAGGACUCUGUGAAGAGAAAGGCUGCUCUGAAUCUGAAAUGAUCUCCAAAGAAGAAAUAGGUGGUGCGUUCCACUUACAAAAGCAGGAGUUUGGAGAAACAGGGGACAGUCCAGCAAUAAGACCUCACAACUCAGGAACAGAAUCUUCGUGUCCAAGGUCACCCCUUGGAAAACCAGGCAGUCCUAAGCUUUUGCGUGAAGAUGGAAUGGCUAACGGCUGUGGAAACUGUAACGGAAAGAGACCGGGAUCAGAUGAGGACUUGGAAAAUUCUGCCGAAAAGAGACUCCGGGUUAUGACAUCUUCCAUCUUGUUGCAGUCAGAGGGGAAAGUCGGUGGCCCUGUAAAAAAGAAGGUCACCUUCGAUCCAAGCUUGUCACAAACUGAUAAGGAAGGAACUGCUAAAAUCAUUCACCUGUCUACACUGACCCUGUCACUUAAGCAGACAGCAGACAUUGUUGUCAAAUACUUAACACCUUUCUACAAAGAUGGCAAAUUUGCUUCCAAGGAUCUGUUUAAGGGGUUUGCUCGACACCUUUCUCAUUUGCUGGCUGCAGACAAGAGUCCCCUUCGCAAGACGGUGAAAGAAGAAGCACAGAGACUGAUCAAGGGAUUUUUCAGAACUCAUGGCAGGUGUGAAAAUGAGACAGACUGGCUGGAGUUAACCAACUCGGAAACGUGACGGGGCAGAUACCUGUUCUCCCUGCUUCUUGGAGCUACUGGAGCUAAGCUCCCUAUGGAUUUCAUCUGAGCUGCCCUUAAUGGUGAUAUAAUAGGAAGCCCAAAGUAAAGUUUCUUGGAGUCCUGGUUCCUUUGAAAACAGUGCUGUGAAUCGGACCUCAUUUGCAUAACAGUCUUCCCCUAUGGUGAACAGUUCUUUCAAAUUCAGUUCACAGGUCUGUUAGGUCUCUGGUGUUUCAGUGCAUUUUGCUUCCUUUAACAAAUGCAUAGGGACUAGAAAUGACUGACUAGGGAGCCUGCUGCUAUCUAAGAUUGCUCUCCUCCCCUUUUAACAUGGAUGAGCUUUAAGCAGAAACAAAUGCGUGUACUUCACUCAGGGAUUAUAUGCUUCAAAUGCGAAUUACUGUGCGGUACACUUGCUUUGAAGAAAACCAAUUUGACAUUAGAAGGGAGUCUUGAAGAGUUUGGGGGAUAUCCCUUUGGUUUUUGUUGCUUCAAGAUGUUGGUGUUUCCUUUUAUUCUAGAAAAUGGCCUCUAGCACUAGCAAUAGAACCUUUUAAAGCCUACACAUUGCAAUAAAAAUGAGAGAUAUGGGCAAGACUAGCAGUUUCUCAUACUACCAGUGUUAAAACAUUGCAAAUAAAGUCAGCUGAAGGACUAAAUGUUACAUGAAAAUACAUGUAACAUAACCCUGACAGCCACGAUAAAAACAUGCACACAACCACUUUAAGACGGAGUGGAGUAGCAGUGGGUGAAAGGAUCCUGUAGUAGAUAAACCUAUCCUCUGAUACCCUUCUCCCACCAGUGCUGUUAGGGUUUUGUUAUACGCAUCUGUAUGUAGCAUUGAGUUUAUUUUUAAGAUGGAAAUACUUAGUCUUUUGUUCUUCUGUUCCUGUGAUGAUGUAUUCUCUUGUACGUGAGCUGGAAUAUGCAGACCUCUUCAUUUGUAAAUUCCAUUAUCUCUGCAUGUACAAUUUUCAGUUAGGAGGAGUUUUAUCUUUCUGCAAAACCUCAGGAAUAAAGAGAGCUCAGCCUAUAAUCUAAUUCUCCAGCUUUCCUACUUUUAUGUGACAAAAUCUUUAAAGAGGCAGUCUCUGUUGAUCUGUUUGCCUGACGAGCUGCAGCUGUUGAUGUCAAGGCUUAAAUGUAUCCUCGAGAGUAAUUGUCAUUGCAAUGGCCUUGUAUAAUAAUGUUGUCUCUAUUUGGACCUGUUCUGUACACAACCAGAACCCUUUUAAGUUGUUGCUGUGUGAUUUCAAUGGGUUUGUUCCGUUAGAACUUCUUUAAGAUGUUUUAUGACAGUAAAAACUUUUGUUGGAGAUAAGGAGCAGUGUUCCACUCUGCAGACUGUUUGAACCAGUAAAAAAAAAUAUGCAUUCACUGUGGUUUUUGUUGUUUAGUUGUGUACGGGCACACAGUGAAAGCAUAAAAUAAGGAGCCGUUGUCUUAUCCUCUGUGAUGUUGGCCCUUCCAAUAGCAACGGACUGCUUUGGGAAUGAAAUACUGAAAAUCCCAUUAGUAUUAAUGUUGAGAUUACUGCAGAAGGAAAAAAAAAACCAUCACAGUGGGUGCCGCUGUGAUUUCUUCUUAAGGCUUUGAUUUAUGUGUUUUGUGCUGAAUCUCUGCAGCCCUGGCUUCUUCCUACACCAACCAGUGUUGCUGGGAAAGAGAGAGGUUGGCCAUCAAACGAGCUGUGCUCUGGGAGUGAGGGGCUUGGUGUCGCUUUGCCUUCAAGCAAGAGGAAAGCAUUUGUUUUGUUUUACCUGCUCACUCAGGCACAGGUACUUCACUCGCCACUCAUAACCUUGCUAUGAGUUAUUCAGCGACUCUUAGCAAAUGACUACAAGUGAAAUAUUUGGGUUCUUUAUUAUUUCAUCUUCUAAAGCCAUAUUGUUGUGCUGUGCCUCUGUUCGAUCCUAAUUGGCUACUCACCAUUGUGGCAAAGUUGCCCAGAAGCUUUGGGGAGAUGCUGCUUUAUAAAGUUGAAUCUGAGCUAUAAAUCGCCUGCUUGGGAUAGAAGUUUUUACAGUUAUAUUUUGUUGCUCUAUGCCUUAGCUUUGUCCCUAAAUAAGUCGUUGAACUUUUUGGUAGGAGGAGCUCAUCGACAAAGGUGGGGAAGGCUGUGUAAUACAGUGGAACCAGAUCUUGUUACAUGACAAGCUGCUAAUAAAAUUAAUAUUAUAGAGGU